AUGUCUGCUGACGCUGCUCAAAUUACCGAAAACUUGGAGAAGUUGAACAUUGACACUCCUGCCGCCACCGAGGCUGCCGCUGACUCUACUACCACCGAGUCUGCCGCUGCUGAGGAGCAGGUUGCCGAGACCUCCGCCUCCUUGUACGUGGGUGAAUUGAACCCAUCUGUCAACGAGGCUCUUUUGUUUGAGAUCUUCUCUCCAUUGGGUCAGGUUUCCUCCAUCAGAGUGUGCCGUGACGCCGUUACCAAGAAGUCUUUGGGCUACGCCUACGUUAACUACAACAAGCACGAGGAUGGUGAGCGUGCUUUGGAGCAGUUGAACUACCUGUUGGUUGAUGGCAGACCAUGCCGUAUCAUGUGGUCCCAGAGAGACCCAUCUUUGAGAAGAAACGGUGACGGUAACAUUUUCAUCAAGAACUUGCACCCAGAUAUCGACAACAAGGCUUUGCACGACACCUUCUCUGCCUUCGGUAAGAUCUCCUCUUGUAAGGUUGCCACCGAUGAGAUGGGCCGUUCUAAGUGUUUUGGUUUUGUGCACUACGAGACUGCCGAGGCUGCUGAUGCUGCCAUUGAGAACGUCAACGGUAUGUCUUUGAACGACCGUGAAGUGUUCGUUGGUAAGCAUCUCUCUAAGAAGGACCGUGAAUCCAAGUUUGAGGAGUUGAAGGCCAACUUCACCAACGUCUUCGUUAAGAACUUUGGUUCUGACUUCUCUGAGGAUGAGUUGACCAAGUUGUUUGAGCCAUAUGGAGCUAUCACUUCUCUCUAUUUCGAGAAGGAUGCCGAGGGCAAGUCUAAGGGUUUCGGUUUUGUCAACUUCCAGGACCACGAGGCUGCCACCAAGGCUGUCGAGGAGUUGAACGACAAGGAGAUCAACGGCCAGAAGAUCUAUGUCGGAAGAGCCCAGAAGAAGAGAGAAAGAAUGGAGGAGUUGAAGAAGCAGUACGAGUCCACCAGAUUGGAGAAGUUGUCCAAGUACCAGGGUGUCAACUUGUUUGUCAAGAACUUGGAUGAAACCAUCACUUCCGAGGCUUUGGAGGAGGAGUUCAAGCCAUUUGGUACUAUCACCUCUGCUAAGGUCAUGGUUGACGAGACUGGCAAGUCCAAGGGCUUCGGUUUUGUGUGCUUCUCUACCCCAGAGGAAGCCACCAAGGCUAUCACCGAGAUGAACCAGCGUAUGGUUUUGGGCAAGCCAUUGUACGUUGCCUUGGCUCAGCGUAAGGAUGUCAGACGCACCCAAUUGGAGCAGCAGAUCCACGCUAGAAACCAGAUGAGAAUGCACAACGCUGCUGCUGCUGCUGGUAUGCCAGGUCAGUUCAUGCCACCAAUGUUCUACGGCCAGCAACCAGGUUUCUUCCCAGGUAACGGCAGAAACAACGGUGUCUUCCCAGGUCCAAACCCACAAAUGAUGAUGCCAAGAGGCCAGAUGCCACCACCUCAGGGUCAGUGGCCAAGAGCUGGACCAAACGGUCAGCCAGUUGUUUACGGUAUGCCACCUUACGGUGACUUCAACGGUCCAAACGGCCGUCAGCAGAGAGGCUACUUCCCAAACAACCGUAACCAGAAGGGACGUCAGUCUAGAGACUUGGCUGCCAUUGUUGCUUCUGCCCCAGUUGAGCAGCAAAAGAGAAUCUUGGGUGAGGAGUUGUACCCAAAGAUUCUUGCCACUGGUAAGGCUCCAGAGGCCGAGGCUGCUGGUAAGAUCACCGGUAUGAUGUUGGACUUGGACAACCAAGAGAUCUUGGCAUUGUUGGAGGAUGACGACUUGUUCAACAACCACUUCGAGGAUGCUUUGACUGCUUACGAGGAGUACAAGAAGACUUCCGAGGAGGCCCCAGCACAGGAGGAGUAA